CUCUCUCCAACUUCACCUCGGUUGUUUGGUGUUAGUUUCGCGUCGCCUCGGGGUUAAGGGUCGUCGUCUUGACUCCGUGACUCCUUUAAGACACCAUGUUUACCACCACCGGAUCCCGGGGCCUCUACAAGGCUCCUCUCUCUAAAGGCCUCCUGCUGGUGCUCAAUGGGCUGACUGUGAUGCUCACCCUGCUGCCUCACUACCAAGACCUGUUCCUGUACAGUCUGCAGGCUGUCACCCAGCAGCACCAGAUGUGGAGGUUGUUGUUUGGCAGGCUGGUCUGUCUGGAUGUGAAGGACUCGUUCUGCAGCAGCCUGCUCAUCUAUAACUUUAGAAUCUUUGAGAGGAGGUUUGGCACCAGGAAGUUUGCUUCCUUCCUAUUUGGCACAUGGUGUCUAUCUGCACUGAUGGAUUUUCUGCUGGCCCAGGCCUUUCAGUUUCUAUUUGACUAUGAAGUGGAGGAACUGCCUGCAGGACUGCUCGCUCCAGUUUUCUCUUUAUUUGUGCCUUUCUACCUGUCUAUCCCUGCAAUGCCAGUCACUCAAGUCCUGGGCCACAUCCACAUCACAAACAAGUCUCUGGUCUACAUUGUUGGCUUGCAGCUGUUGACUUCCAGCCCCUUCAUGUGGCUCCUUGCACUCAGUGGACUGAUCUCGGGUGGACUGUACCACUCUAAUGUUCUCCGGCUACAGAAGCUCCACUUUGUGCCUGCCUGGGUGUCUUGUAUUGGGCGAUAUAUUCUGGAGCCCAUUUUCUCAAGCUCCCAACCAACUCAUGAGACGCCCCUGGGGAUGGGCGCCACGCUGGACAUCCAGAGGCAGCAAAGGAUGGACAUGCUCGACCAACAACUGCUGCUGGCACAAUACAACGAGGCCCGGAGGAACACCAGGCAGCAACCACAGGGUGGGUUGUUACAGUGGACUCGGUUAUUCCCCUCCUUGAGACACAGAGGACAGAACCGCCCUCCAGUGCAGCCCCGCCCACAGGCUCAGACACAGCCCUCCACACAGCCUCCGCUAUUGGACAACUCUCCUGUCGCUGAGGAGCAGGUUGCAAUGUUAGUAGAAAUGGGCUUUUCCAGGAUUGAUGCCCUCGAGGCUCUCAGAGCUUCAAACAACGACAUCAACAUGGCAACCAACUUCCUCUUGCAACACUGAGAGAGAGAGAGAAAGCUCACUGAGAAGAAAAGAAGUGAAUGAGGACAGCAGCAAGAGAAGCAACCAAAGCAGAGGUGCAAAAAGCAAAGCAGAGGCAAGGUGUUGGAGGCAGUCAAUGGUGGAGACGAGACGAGAAGAGAGGACACAUGAAAUUUUGUACAGAUAAUCUGAAGGCUGUCACUGCUCCUCGAAGCAGUGUUAGGCUGACCCGACCUGAACUGAGCCUGAUGGCACGCUGAUUAACCAAGAAGUGUGAAGUACAAAGUGGGAGACAUUUGCGUCAUAGCUUUCUGAUGGCUAUCGUAGUGAAACAGGCAUCAUUGCUCAAGGCAGAUGAGUUAGACUUCUAACUCUCAGUGGUUUCCUAUGAAAAAUAUACAGAACCCAGACAGGUCAGAGCUUUCCUCACAGUGCAUCUUAAAAAACAGAGAAUUCAGUCCAGUGGACAAACUGUAAAGUGGGCUAAUUCUUUAAGACAGAACUGAUGCUGAAGCACUCCAAUCAGCUCAACUCCUAUCUGAAAUAUUGUUUAAUAUUUUUCACUCACAUGUACUGCCACUCUACAUGCAAAAAGGCCACAGUAUAACCAGUGACCUUUAACCUGACAACUGGUAAGAGACAGUGUGUGAUGUGGAAAAUAGAUGAAGCACCAGGUCUUUGAGUAAUGAAGCAGAAGACAUUAUGGUUUUCAUCUCAAAUUGGAUAAAGAAAAGGACUUUUUUUUUUUUUUUUUUUUUUAACAGAAUUUUAAACCACCACUCUUGGCCUGUUUUUUUUUUGUUUUUUUUGCUGUUGUUUUCUUUCAUACAUGAUUGAAAAGAGGAAUGCAACACAUGCUAAAAGGUUAUAGUUAACUUAAUAAGGAGGUCAAGAGGUCAUAAUUACAUUCAAACUGAAUAACAUGACUUACUAGACCAUGGCUUUAUCACACAGUUGUUAUCUUGGCAGUGUUUCCUGGAAGUAGUAGGUCUCAACCCUUUCCUGUAGUGGGUUUCGCUCUUUCGCAUCUGAAAGUACAUUGUUGAUGAAAGACGGGGCUGUUUGGAAGGAUACAGGUUAGGUGGGCCAUCUCAGGGUCUGUGAGGCAAAUUCUUCUGUUAAUUACAUGAUAAAUGAAUCACAUUUGCCAACAUAUGGACAUAUACCGUCGCAGAGAAGACCUUUUAAAGUGGUCACAUUUCACUCACUCGUCUCCUUCAUCAUUUCAUGUUCUCACACACAUGCACAUGCUGCUCGAGGUUUUUUUUUCUUUGUUUGAACUUGUCUUUUCUUUGCCAGAACAUGUGUCUGAGUCAACGAGUCUUAAGAGUCUUAAAAAUGUAAUGAUAUUUAUUAUGCAAUAUCAUGACAGGAGAAAUUUAUAGACUAUGCACUGCAUAGUACCUACUAUGUGUACAUAAACAUACUCAUGAAAAUCUUGUGCAAGAGGAGUGAUGUUGCAGCCACUAUGUAUUGAUGUCAAAGACAGAUGCUAGUUUUAUAUUUUGUGCAUUAUUAUAUUGAUAAUAUAUGACCACUGAGUUGAGUCAGUUCAUUUGUGUGUAUGUAUUUUUGAGAGUUAUAUAAUAGUAUAUGGGUGUGACGGGGAAGUUGUUGCAUGGACAACUUAAUGAUGAACUGUAAGGAAUCGAUAUGUGAAUUGA